AUGUUAACGCAGCCACCGCACAUGGUGAAACGACGCAAACUGUCAUUGUCACAAGCGCAGAGCACAGCAACGCCAACCGCAACAGCAGUCACCACAACAACGGCCGCGUCCAUGGACAGCGCGGCAAUUGCAACCACAACGCCGCCGAACACACCGCCCACACCAGCGCCGCUCAACAUGAUGAUGACCACAGCACGUAAUCACAACACACAAAACAACACGAGCGACGGCAACGGCAGCGACAGUGCGAACAACGGCAAAGACUGCAACAUGGACAACACAACGUGUACUUUGAUAAGCGCCACCACAGCACCCACGCACACGACCACCGCCAUGGCCGGCGCCUUAUUGAGCAGCAGCCAGCACACAGCCGCCUCGAAUAGCGCCACAGCAGCUGCUGUUGCUGCCGCUGCGGUGGCAGCGGUGACAGCUGCAGGCGCCAAUGCAGCGCCAACAAACGCACUGGCUCCCAGUAAUGCCACCGUCAGCGCUGCAAGCAGCAAUGGCGUUGUGCCAGAUCACUACAGCCUGCGUUGGAACAACCAUCAAAAUCAUAUAUUGCGCGCUUUCGAUGCGCUACUACAGACCAAGACGCUGGUAGAUGUGACGCUGGUGUGCGCCGAGACGAGCAUACAUGCGCACAAAAUGGUGCUGUCGGCGUGUUCGCCCUUCUUUCAACGCGUCUUCGCCGAAACGCCGUGCAAGCAUCCCGUCAUUGUGCUGAAGGACUUUCAGGGUUGGGUGGUGCAAGCGAUCGUGGACUUUAUGUAUCGUGGCGAGAUCAGUGUGCCACAAGAACGACUGCAGACUUUGAUACAAGCAGGCGAAUCACUGCAGGUGCGCGGUUUGGUUGAAAGUUCGGUACCAGAGCAUACACCUACACCGGCAGCUUCGCCGGAUGAUUUUGGCAUGAUCGAUACGUCGUUGAUGUCGCCCGAACUGGAGCGUUGCUCGAGCUUCGACGAUGAAUCGCCGUCAAUGGUAACAGCUGGCUCGAAAGUUAUAUUGCCAUCGCGGCUAUUCGGUUCGUCUGCGCGUCGGGAGCGUGAACGUGAACGCAAACGUGAGCGCGCACUCGAACGCGAAUUGGAACGUGAAGCCGAAAGCGAUCAGGACCUGCCACUGGAUACGAGUAUCAACUCAGAUGUUUGCACGUCGCCUAUGCCAAGACGUAAACAGGCACGUCCGCGUCGUCGCUCCGGUGAUCUUUCACUCGAAAUGUUAAACGAAUCAGCUACAUCGGCACCGGUAGAAGAGUCGCCACGUAAACAACCCCUGCCUUUAACACUGGAUGAGAAGUUGGAGCAGGCUCAAGCAGAGCAGUUAGAGGCUUUGAAAACUGUGAUCAAAACUGAGCUGGCUGAACCGAUGGACGAGGACGAGGGUGCACGCCGCGAUGACAGCGGCAAUGGCAAUGACAGUCAAGUGAAUGACGAUUCGCACGAAAAGCCCUCGAACGCUUAUCAAUCCAGCGUAGAUCAACAGCAUAAUUCGCGCACGGAUGAGAUACUUUCGCCAGCUCCAUUGAAUGUGGCACACUCCAUGGAGGUCGAAGAGGAGGAACAAGAAGAUGAAAAUGAUGAUGAACAUGACAAUGAUCAUGAGGUAAUACCGGAUGCUGAAGACAUCGAAGAACUUAUCAACGCCACCAAUGAGCUGCGCCGCAAGUCCUUAUCAAAUCUCUCGGACGGUCCCGAAGAUCUCUGCACAACGAAAAAAGACCAAAAUGCCGUAAAUGGCAGUCACUCGGCCUCCGACGUCGACAGCAGUCCGAAUAAUAAUAACAACAAUAAUAAACUUAACAAUAAUAAUCGCAUUGUAUUGUCGCUCAAAGAUAUACGGCAACUGAAUAAGCCCUCAUCCUCCUCCACACCGAACUCAUCGAACAAUAUGCACCCUUUUGCGACGGCCAGCCUACGCGAUCUGCGACUGGAUCGUGCCGUCAGCACCGCAGCCGAAAAUCAAUGCAAAAUGGACGCUCUAGAAGCGCAAAUGCAUGCCGCCGCCGCAGCCGCCGCGGUAGCUGCAGCCAAUGGCGAGAAUCCAUUUCAACAUAUGGAACAUCAGAUGGAUCUGUCGCUGGCUGCCGCCGCAGCAGCCGCCGCUGUGUCACAUCAACAGUCACGCGAACGUGAUCAGGCACUACAACGGGAACAACGUGAAUUACAAGAGCAACACAAUGCCUAUGCGAACAGCAUACUUGGACAGAUGGGUAUGUCGGGCAUGCCGCCUUUCGGUGGACCCGGUGGUCCAGGUGGACCAGCACCACAUGAACGUUUGGAGGAGAGUAUGAAUCGGUUGAGCAAAGAAUUUGCGCCAAGUUCACCAAUGAGUCUGCCCACACACUUCAAUCCACCUGAUGGACCGCCACAUCCACCCUCGCCACUACCAUUUCCGGGUAUGUCUUCGGCGCUGACGUUAACGCCGCCGCACAUGUUCGGUUUGGACUCACCGCUCGGUCUCUUUCCACCAGGCAUUGACCCAGGCAAACUCUAUAACCCACUAAUGGAAAUGUCCGAUCCACGUGGCAUGCCCAGCGAUCAUCCGCCGCCCUUUCUCAAAGGCAAGAAAAUACCACGCCCAAAAGGACAACACUCUGCACCGCGCGGCGGUCCGCCACGUUCGUGGACGAAUUCCGAGCUCACCGAGGCACUGCAGCAUGUCUGGAACAAGAAAAUGACCACCUCACAGGCGUCGCGCAUUUUCGGCAUACCCUACAACUCGCUGUUGAUGUACGUGCGCGGCAAGUAUGGCAAAAGCCUGAAACUGGAACAGCUGCGCAAGGACUGUAUUAGCGGUCCACCGCUUGAAUUGCUGCAACUGGGACUGGGCGGCGGUUCGGGUGGCGGUAAGAAUAAAGAAGGCAAAGAUAAAUCAGCACAUCGCAACUCAGAGAACUCAACGAAAAAUAAUAACGAACUCGACUUGGGCAUACCGCUGCCGGGUAUGGUGCCUGGCGGUAAUGGACCAAGCGGGCCGCGCAGCGCCAGUUCUGAACCCGAUUUGAUUGGCGGACCCAAUUCGCUCUUCGGUCCAUUUCCCGGCGCUUUCUAUCCCGACUUCCCCGGCGGCUUUCCUGGCCUGCCACUAAGCAUGCUCAAUCUACUCCCACCCACGGAUCGUCAUCAGCCACACGGCGCUGGCAUGACGGCACUACAUCAUCUCGGCAUGGAUGAGGACUGCAAAUCGGAUCGUUCAAAACAAUCCUCUUCGCUGGGUGAUGACGAUUUUGCUGCGAACGCCGCAGCAUUAGCCGCCGGCGUACAACCGCUCGCGCUCAAUCGCAACGAAAACGAACGACGCAGCGCCAAUGACAUACUCGCAAAUGCCGGCGCGAUAGGCGCGCCACAACCACCACCACCGCCGCCCAUGAGCGCUGCCGUCGGCGGCGGUGGCCAGCAAAACGGCGGUAUGCAAGAUUGAAAUUUCUGGCG